AUGUCUCAAGAGACAACAUAUCCGUCAAUGAAGCAACCUAAUAUUCUUUUUAUUAUGGCCGAUCAAAUGUGUGCUCCAAUUCUACCUUUAUACGAUCCAAAUUCACCUAUCAAGAUGCCAAAUCUUAGUCGUCUAGCCACAGAAUCUGUUGUCUUCGAUUCAGCCUAUUGUAAUAGUCCACUCUGUGCACCAUCUCGCUUUGUGCUUAUGAGUGGUCAGCUACCAAGUAAGAUUGGUGCUUACGAUAAUGCUGCCGAUUUUGUUUCGAAUAUUCCGACUUUCGCUCAUUAUCUCAGACGUCUUGGCUACCAUACAUGUCUGUCUGGAAAGAUGCACUUUGUAGGAGGUGAUCAAUUGCACGGUUACGAAGAACGAUUAACAAGUGAUAUCUAUCCGGCCGAUUAUGGAUGGACUGUAAAUUGGGAUUUAAGUGACGUACGACAAGAUUGGUAUCAUAAUAUGAGUUCUGUUCUUGAUGCUGGACAUUGUGUACGUACUAAUCAGAUUGAUUUUGAUGAAGAGGUUAUGUACAAAGCUCAGCAAUACCUUUACGAUCAUGUACGUAAAUCUGUGGAUCCCAACCAAAAACAACCAUUUUGUUUAACUGUUAGUUUGACUCAUCCACAUGAUCCUUAUACGACACUAAAGCAUUUUUGGGAUAUGUACAAGGAUGAAGAUAUUCCUUUGCCAACUAUUAAUAUUAAGCAAGAGGAGCAAGAUCCACAUUCAACACGUUUAAUGAAAGUCAUUGAUAUUUGGGAUAAUCCAAUGAGUGAAGAAGCCAUUCGUCGAGCUCGACGUGCUUACUAUGGUAAUUGUUCGUAUGUCGAUGCAAAUGUGGGCAAACUUCUGCAAGUUUUAAAAGAAUGUGAUUUGGCUGAUGAUACAAUUGUUAUCUUUUCGGGAGAUCAUGGUGAUUUUCUAGGUGAACGUGGUUUAUGGUAUAAGAUGAGUUUUUUGGAACCUUCUGCACGUGUUCCUCUCUUAGUUUACGCACCAAAAUACUUCUCACCACAUCGAGUGCAAGAAUCUAUUUCUACGGUUGACUUAUUUCCCACUCUCGUACAUUUAGCUGGUGGUCAACUUCAAACAGACCUUGCUAUCGAUGGCCGUUCACUUCUUCCACAUCUUACUGAUGCCAAGAAUAAGCAUGACGAAGUUGUUGGAGAAUAUAUGGCAGAAGGUACUCUUGCUCCUCUCAUGAUGAUUCGUCGAGGCAUCUACAAAUUUAUUUAUUGUUCGAUUGAUCCUCCUCAACUCUUCAAUAUUAAAGAUGAUCCAAAUGAGAUGAACAAUCUGGCACAAAAGCCUUCAGCAGAACACGCACAAAUUUUAGAUCAAUUUAUAAAAGAAGCAGAGCAACGUUGGGAUAUACCUUCUAUUACUGCUCAAGUUCUUCGAUCACAACGUCAAAGACGAUUCACAGAUGCCGCUCUUCGAAUCGGUCAAUGGAAGCCUUGGGAUCAUCAACCAUUCAAAGAUGCGUCUAAACAAUAUAUUCGAUCGGUAGCCCCCAUUUUGGAUGAUUUGGAAUAUUUAGCUCGAUAUCCUCGUACUGCAGAAAUACCACCUAGUGCUCUUAAAACAAAAAUAGAAUUAGAAAACUCAGCAAGAAUACAGAAGAAUAUUGCCGACGUUUGA